GGCCCCGCCCUCGGCCUGCCCCGCGGGCGGGAGUGGGGCCGUUGCGCCGGGUCGCGUCUCAGGUUUCCCGCUAAGAGGAGGGCGGAGCGACAGGCCCAGCAGCCAGUCGGUUCCCGCGCGUCCCAGGACUCGGAGGCUUCGCACUCUCAUGACCCUCCGGCAUGGCUGUCAAGAAGAUCGCGAUCUUUGGCGCCACCGGCAAUACCGGGCUCACCACCCUGUCGCAGGCGGUGCAAGCAGGUUAUGAAGUGACUGUGCUGGUGCGGGACGCCUCUAGGCUGCCCUCAGAUGGGCCCCAGCCAGCCCACGUGAUAGUGGGGGACGUUCUGCAGGCGGCCGAUGUGGACAAGACCGUGGCUGGGCAGGAUGCCAUCAUCAUGCUGCUGGGCACCCGCAAUGACCUUAGUCCCACCACAGUGAUGUCCGAGGGCGCCCGGAACAUUGUGGCGGCCAUGAAGGCUCACGGCGUGGACAAGGUCGUGGCCUGUACCUCGGCCUUCCUGCUUUGGGACCCGGCCAAGGUGCCCCCACGGCUGCGGGACGUGACCGAUGACCACAUUCGGAUGCACAAGGUGCUGCAGGAGGCGGGUCUGAAGUACGUCGCUGUGAUGCCGCCGCACAUAGGGGACCAGCCUCUGACUGGGGCCUACACGGUGACCCUGGAUGGACGAGGGCCCUCGAGGGUCAUCUCCAAACACGACCUGGGCCACUUCAUGCUGCGCUGCCUCACCACCGAUGAGUACGAUGGGCAUAGAACCUACCCCUCUCACCAGUACAGCUAGGACUCGGGUCCUAUGCAGGAGGAUGGCGUUUGGGAAAUGGGAAACAAAAGGGAGGCAGCCCCGGAAUCAAGGAGCAAUAAACUUUGUGCCAAGCGCUUCAAAUUA